AUGAACAUCCGCAAUGCCCGGCCUGACGACCUGAUGAACAUGCAGCACUGCAACCUGCUCUGCCUGCCGGAGAACUACCAGAUGAAGUACUACUUCUACCACGGCCUGUCGUGGCCCCAGCUCUCCUACAUCGCGGAGGACGAGGACGGCAAGAUAGUGGGCUAUGUCCUGGCCAAGAUGGAGGAGGACCCCGACGAUGUCCCCCACGGGCACAUCACCUCGCUGGCGGUGAAGCGCUCGCACAGGCGCCUCGGCCUGGCCCAGAAGCUGAUGGACCAGGCCUCACGGGCGAUGAUCGAGAACUUCAGCGCUAAGUACGUGUCCCUGCACGUCAGGAAGAGCAACAGGGCGGCCCUGCACCUGUAUGCUAACACCCUCAACUUCCAGGUUAGUGAGGUGGAACCCAAGUACUAUGCCGAUGGGGAAGACGCCUACGCCAUGAAGCGCGAUCUCUCAACGAUGGCAGAUGAGCUGAGAAGGCAGCUGGUGCUGAAGAAAAGCGGCUACGUGGUUCUGGGCUCCAGGGAGGCCCAGGACGGCACACUUCCGGGUGCUGAAGAGGCCUCUCACCUGGAGAACCCCGCUGGCGUAGACAGUGGCAGCGACAGCACGGAUGUCCAGGACAGCUCGGAGGACUUGGAUUCCACCUCCUAG